UGUGCGCCUGCGCAAUUAAUUCAACUUCUGCCCAAACAGGAAGAUCUGCUUGAAUAGCUUGAACGGUGAUGUAAUGUUUAUGCAGAACCUGUUCUCGCCAACUUCUGAAACCUUUCUCCUACAGAAAUUGGUUAAGAAGAAAACCGGCGGCAACGUAUUAUUUCCAGGAAAAGAAGAAGGAUAAGAGAAAGGAGGAGGAAUCGAAGAAAGGAACUGGAUCGCGAAAGAUGCUAGGGGAAAACCGAUGCAUUCUCCAGCCAGUUCUCCUCUCUUCGAUGUCACAGUUAAAUGAAUGCUAGCUUCUAUGUAUGUAUGUAUGUAUAUAUAUCUGUCUAUCGUUUAUUGAAAUCGCAGCUGGACAUUAAUAACCAUCUAUAGGAAAUUACACAAGAGAAAAGAAAACAGUGUUGUGUGAAACAAAAGAAAAGAAAAACCAAAACGAUCAAUCAAAAACAAGACUUACCUUCAACACAUUGUUGCUUGCUGUCCCAGACAGCAAAUGUCUUUUCGUCUACUCUAUAUGUAGUGUCUUGAUCUAGACCUUGUAUAAAUACAUUGAUAUAUAUAUAUGUAGAUCUUCUUAAAAUUUACGAUAAUUUUUUAAACAUUUUCAUACAGCUGAAAUCAUUUGCUUGUUGACUUAGACAUAAAUUAUUUUAUUCUACAUAUAUUAAAAGAAGAACCAAACCGAAACGGUAUAUAACCACAACCCCUCCCUCUCGAAAUACACACAGGACGUUUUAUCUUUUUUUCAUUUUUUUUUGGAUUGUCACGGUUGAAUAGACCAUUCAAGGGGGAACCAACACAAAACACACACACAACACAAACUCAAACCAACAAACAGACAAAAAAAAUUAUAGCUAUUAAGUGUUAUUAUUAUUUAUUUCAUGCCUGACGACGAAGGGGAUAGCGGUCCCGGGCUGGUCGUUGUCGUUGGAGAAGAAGGAGGUCCUUUAGGGGUAAUGAAAGAUCACUCGUACACUGCUGUUUCCACGGAGUCUCCAACGAAAUUAUCCGAACAGGAUAUACCCGGCAGCAAAAUGCCAAAGAAAGUCCGCAAAUGGGAGAUUUUUCCGGGAAAGAACAAAUUCUGUUGUGACGGCCGAAUAAUGAUGGCGAAACAUACUGGAAUUUUUUACUUUACUUGUACCUUGAUAAUUCUUACGAGCGGCUUGUUCUUUUGCUUCGACUGUCGAUAUUUGGCCCUCAACGUAUCCCCUGCAAUUCCUGCCAUUGGAGCAGCCCUGUUUUUAUUUGUUAUAUCCACCCUUUUCCGAACAAGCUUUAGUGACCCAGGUGUAAUCCCUAGAGCUACUCCAGACGAAGCUGCAGAUAUUGAAAGACAAAUAGAAGUUCCAAAUGCAGUUUCUCCUGGAACUUACAGACCUCCACCUCGAACGAAAGAAGUUGUUGUGAAGGGCCAAGUUAUCAAACUGAAGUAUUGCUUCACCUGUAAGAUAUUUAGACCACCACGGGCGUCACACUGUAGUUUAUGUGAUAAUUGUGUUGAUCGAUUUGAUCAUCACUGCCCAUGGGUUGGCAAUUGUGUCGGAAGGAGAAACUAUAGAUACUUCUACCUCUUCAUAUUGUCUUUAUCUGUUCUGUGUAUUUACAUAUUUGCUUGUGUUUUGACUCAUCUUAUAUUGCGUGCUCAGCAAAAUAAUUUUCUCACAGUAAUGCAAGAAUCUCCAGCAAGUAUGGUGGAAGCUGUAAUUUGUUUCUUUUCUGUGUGGUCUGUUGUUGGUCUUGCGGGCUUCCAUACAUAUCUGGCAGCCUCGGAACAGACCACAAAUGAAGACAUAAAAGGUUCCUUUUCAUCCAAGAGAGGACAAGAUAAUUUUAAUCCGUAUAGCAGAGGGUCCAUUUUUAAAAAUUGCCUUGUUGUACUAUGUGGACCCAAUCCUCCAAGUUUAAUCGACCGGAGAGGUUAUGUUGUACCUGACAGUUCUCAGAUACACAGUGACAGCUUCAACAGCUGUAUAAAAGAAAGUAACUCUGUCAACGUCAAACAUGAAUAUUAUGGUUCGACAACAGUGACGGAACAAAAGGUGAGUGACAUACAUAACACAACACUGCUUUCUUGGCAACUGAGCAUUAACGUUUGCAUUUCUUCUUUUUUUUUGUUGCCUAAACCAUUGGAUCUGUUUUUGCCUCUGUGUGUGUAUGUGUGUGUCUUUGUGCAUGUCAGUAAUGUCCAUGACUGUGCAUGCGUGUAUGUGUGUGUGUGUGUGUGUGUAUGCACAUGCAUAAAUGUGUGUGUGUCUGUAUAUGUGUGAAAGUGUGUAUGUGUG